AUGGAGUCCCUAGUUGACAUAAUAUCGUCGAGCACAAAGGAUAUCCCUAUCGCCAAAGCCCUCUGCGCUAGCACCAUAGUGUCCUAUCUGCUCAUCGUCCGGUACUUCCGCCACCGCAACCUCAACAAAUUCCUCCAAACCGUCCGAAAUGAGUGCGGUAUAGUCACAAAAUCAUCGGAUCUUUCGAUCUCCCAUGCCGAACAAGCCGUAAAACUCAUGGGUGCAUGGGACUUUCCCCGGAUUACGAGACUCGCUUUGCAGUUCGCUCUGUUCCGGACGUAUGGAAUCCCCACCAUCUCCUCUAUUCUCUGGAAGACUCGCCAGUUAGCACAACGCUCUACCGCUCACCGACGAUAUGUAGACACCUCUGUUCUCAUCAUCGAGUUGAUGUCUUCCCCGCUUGACUCUCCCAGGGCAAAAAUCGCGAUCGAAAGAAUAAACUACCUUCACAGCAGGCAUAAAAAUUCUAUCUCAAACGAUGACCUCCUGUACACCCUCGCACUUUUCAUGUGCCAGCCACCAGUUUUCAUCAACAAAUACGAAUGGCGUAAAUUACACCCAGUCGAGUUAAUGGGGAUCCAUCGUUUCUGGAGUCAAGUUGGAGUAAUGAUGGGUAUAACCGGAAUUCCCGAUUCCUUCGAAGGAACGUACGAGUGGGCGAAUGCAUACGAGGAAAGAUGCAUGGUGCCUUCCGAGAUAAAUAGAAAUGUCGCAACGGCAACUUUGGAUAUCUUGCUAUACUUUGUUCCAAAGUUUAUGCAUUCCACAGCCACACCGGUAGUUCAUGCAGUUUGUGACCAAAGGCUAAGGGAGUCAUUUUAUUGGCCGGAUCCACCGAAGUGGAUUGAACCUGUGGUGAACGGGUUCUUCGGAGUCCGGGCAUUUUGUAUGAGAAGUUUUGUGCUACCAAGAUUUAAGAAGCAUACUGCAAUUCAACUUGACCCAAUCGAUCCUUCGGUGCCAUUGCUAGAGAGGAGAUAUUACUUCAACCUUUGGGAAACGGAUCCGUGGUAUUUGAAGAGAACUUGGUGGAAUAGCUAUGGACCUAUCGGUUGGCUGUGUAUAGCGAUGGGUUGGGGAAUUCCCAAUGAAGAAGAAUUUGGGUCAGUCCAUGGAUACCGCAUUGGAGAUCUAGGGCCGAGGUCUACCAUUGGAAAAGGUGCUGCAAACGAAGGAUGGGAUCAUGGAUCGCUAUUAGGAGGCGGGACCAUCAUUGAAAGUAGCGGGAAGUGUCCUAUGUUUGGGGGCUAA